GGAACUGCUAAGCGGAACGAGGUGUCCCGGGAAAUCAGUGAAGAGGAUGGAACUAGUGCCAACCGUGGCACGCCGCAUACCCUACAUUUAAGAAAAUGAUAACCAACAUGGAUCUAUUUGUAUUAUACAUUAUACACCACGUGAUUACUUUUACUGAUUAUAUAAAUAUAAGUAACUUCUCCUUGAACUUGAUAGUUUGAAUGUUUCCGGUAUUUGGUGACCUGAAUUUGAUUAUAUGGGAAAAGGUCAGUCGCUGGCGCCUUGGUUGUGUUUGUGUCGUUUGUUUGGUUGUUCGUCGUGGCCUUGUGCCCGUGUCUUCUCUCUCCAAUCAAAUCAGGGCUAGGAAGGGUUAGUGGGCAUUUGGUGGUUGAUUCUUGACUUUACCAUCUAGCACAGCAUGGAGUAGCGGCUGCGUCUGCAGUAAACAACUCAAUUAUUAUAUGGGAAAACAAGAAGAGAACCCUUGUGAUCGAGUUCAAGUUACCAAAUACCGGAGCCAGCUUCAUUCUAUGCUAUUCCUAUGAACAAGCCGAACCCCUUCUUCUCUAAUACACGGACGGCAUGGAAAUGCAGAAAGGCAAGCCUACGAGAACUAUGUUUUGGUUUGACGACGAAAGAAUUGACGACAUUCUUUAUGCUGCAAGGGUACAAAUGAUACUUUCUAGUAAAUGAUUUUUGAAAUACAACUAUAAGUCUUUCAGUGGUAUCUUCGCUGUGACACAUCAAAUAAAUAUGCUCUACCCGUGGUCGAAGAACAGGUAAAAAAUGCGUCAUUCAUGAAGGCACGCCCGAUCAUGUUACAUCCAUCAUUAUACUUAUACUUUCUUCCCCCACGUCCGUGCCAGGCUGUCGGAAUACAUCGGCGUUGGCGAAGAGGGAUGGUCUCAGAUCGGCAGGGCUCUGGCGGUAAACCCUUCAAGCAGCACCCGCGUUCGUGA